UUACUGUACAAAUCUACAUCCUGUUUGUUACAUAUGCAUACAUAAAUUUUAUGUUGUCCAGUUCACGUUCAUCACAGUAUAUGUGGACAGGUCCUAAUUUGCUUAUCCUGGUCGUAGAACUUACGAGGAUAAAUAAAGAUUAUGCACUGACGACAAACGAUCAAGAGGUCAGUGAUUGAAGUGAUUGAAGUUUGUAGUCAAUUUCUCACUGAAUCAGCAAAUGUGUUCGAUAUAUAUUGGUGGAGUAUUUUUAAUUAACGAAUUUAAAUUUAUGUCAUAAUUUCGUAAAUUAUACCGGUACUCAAAUCAAAGGAAUUUUGAUCAUGUCUAGUAAUGAGGAAAUCGACAGACAUUCCAUCGUCAAUAAUGCAACAAAUGCAGAACGUGAACAUGAGGCGCAAGAUCAUGAACAUGAUACCCGAAGUCAUGAACAUGAUACGCAACUUCAAGAACAAGAUGAGCAACACCAUGAACAAGAUGAGCAACAUCAUGAACAAGAUGAGCAACAAAAUGAGCAAGCUAGAGACAAUGAGAUACAAUCUGAGGGAGACUUCGGCUGUGGGAUAGGAUUUUGUCGUCCUGGUCCUUUGCAGUGUUGUGCUCAACUCCUACCCUUCAGCAUUGCGUACGGUGUUUAUAUAAUGGUUUCUCAAACGAUCUCUGCAUAUCUGUCAUCGCAGAUUACGACACUUGAAAAGAGAUAUGGUAUUACUAGUUCACACAGCGGAGUAAUUUUAGCAGCAAACGAUAUUGGGUAUCUUGCUACUGUGUUGUUCAUUACUCAUUAUUGUAGAAGGUAUCAUAUUCCAAGAAUUUUAUCUCUUUUUGGAAUUCUUAUUGGUUGUUGUUCCAUAUCCCUAAGCUUUCCUAAUUUUAUUGAUCAACCGCAUUAUUCCAAUGCGACAUCAUCCGAAAGCGAUGAUAAAGAUCCCUUUCUUUGUAACCCGUAUGCUGAACAUGUUAACAAGACUGCACAAUGCAAUGAAGACAACACCAAUGAGAGGCAAGAAUCGAAAUGGGUCGUCAUUUUCUUCUCGUUAAUUUUUGUUCUUCAAGGAAUAGCUAAAUCUCCGAGAGUUCCUUUGGGCACAAUCUACAUAGACAAUUCCGCAGAUAAAGCUUCAACUGGAAAAUAUUUAGGUAUAUCGUCAACUUUGGCCCUAUUUGGGCCUUUUGCUGCAUCACUUUUAGGAGGAGCCUUCGGAAAAAUUCCUGUAAAUGAACAAUUUGCAUACAUGACUCCUAGUGAUCCACGCUGGAUUGGUGCUUGGUGGAUUGGAUUUCUUAUGUUUGGAGGGCUGGUCAUCAUAGCUUCGAGCAUCCUCUUCUUUUUUCCCAGACAAAUACGACAAAGGCAACCCGGAAUUAAAAACUCUUCCCCGAGAAACCCAGAUCAAACCAGGAAGAACCUACUCGACAAAAUCAAAAUUCUGCCUCAAACCAUAUUGCGAUUGUUACGAAAUCCCAUCUACAGUCUCACUCUAGCUUCCAACUGUCUGAUAUAUUUCUGUUUUAUUGGAAUAUACUCAUUUGGUCCAAAGUACAUGGAGAAUGUUUUCAACAUACCAACAUGGAAAACAAACUUAAUACAAGGCGGGGCAAGCUUGGUUUCUGCGGUUGUAGGGACCUUCCUCGGAGGAUACUUGACCUCUCAACUAGGACUCAGGGGUCUUGGUAGUCUGAAGAUGCGACUGAUUAUACUUCUAGUUGUUGUUGCGUGCCAAGUACUCCUGGUUUUAUUUGGAUGCAAUAACCAUGUCAUAAAGAAAAACCAAAUCCCAGCUGAAGUUGGAAAUACUACUAAGUGUGAUUGUCAUCUUGAACCAUUCUUCCCAGUAUGCACUAGUGACGGAAGUACGUUUUUCUCUCCUUGUCAUGCCGGAUGUUCUAAUGUAACAGGAACGGUGUAUUAUGAAUGCUCUGCAAAAAACCUAACGGCUACUCCAGGAAUUUGUGAUUCAGGAUGUCCGUUUCUAAUACCGUAUGUGACUGCAACAGUUAUCAAAAUAGUGGCUGCAACUAUGGCAACAGUACCAACUCAGAUCAUUAUCCUACGGUACGUGAGUGGGCAGGACAAGGCACUAGGAGUAGGAUUUAUGUCUUUUACCAUGUCGCUACUAGUGUACCUUCCCGCACCCUUGGUGAUCGGAAAGUUGUUUGAUGGCACCUGUCUCAUUUGGAAGAAUAUAUGCAAUGUGCGGGGAACGUGUCAGUUGUACAAUAUCGAAGAGAUGAGGGUUUUACUUAUGAUCAUGGAGGCUGGGUUUAUUGGUCUGGGAACAUUCUUGCAAGCUCUAGCAGUGUACAUUGGUAGUAGAGCUAAACUUUCCAAUGAGGACAACAAGGAGAUUAUUGUUGAAGUCUAAAACGUCGAUAAAAUUGAGAAUAAUUAACUGACAUUACAAUCUGAUUUUACAAUACUUGUUUUUGUAGAUUCUAAAACAUAUUGAUAUUUCUAGAAUUGUCUUUUAUUACAUUUUUACCCGUGAAAUACUGUAAUUUAUUCAUUGAAUAAAAAUGAUAUCCUGUCACAGUGUGAAAGGAUAUCAAAAUGAUAUCCUGUCACAGUGUGACGAAUAUCAGAAGUGCGGGAAAACCCUCGAUUUCCCUUCCCAUAACGGAGAUUGUUGCAAAAAAAAAUCUUCCUUGACCAAAUAUAAGAUAGAUGGAAAUAAAUAAACCAUUCUGACAACGAAUAAAACUGUCAAAAUUACCAAAAAUAUGUUGCUAAAUCCAUGUUUACAAUGUUUUCACCUCACAUAGCUAUGACGUCUCAACCCCUCAAGGAUGACGUCAUGUAGCCUAUAACUGUAUUACAA